AUGGCGACGGCGUGGAGUGGCACGACCGCAAGCGCUGGGAGUGGGUUUGUCGAGAGAAGCGAAAGGCGACAUCGCCUCGGCUACACGUGUCCUCCCGAUCCCGGCCGGGCUGCGUCACUGCAGCAGCUCCGACCAGAAGCACACAGAGAAGGCAAGGCGUCGCCACCAGCAGCAGCAGCUACGCCGGGGGGGCACAGAGCGGCAGCUACGCCUUUCUCCAGCCGGCGAAGACGACGACCGGACAACAACACCACCGCGGAAGAGCAAGACGGUACAACCACCACCCCGCAAGCAGGUCAAGCACCUUCAAUCAGUCCCACGCGUGUACCCCACGUCGGCGAUCGCCACGAGCUGGACGACGACGACAACGGCGGCGUAACCGGUGCCGGUACAGGGCUUCCAGCGGGCGCGGCGGGCGGCCUGUGGCGGAGCAGAGGGAGACAUCGAGAGCCAAGAGGCCCGCCUCGGCGCCGGCACAGCGGGAACAGCACCGGCAGCGUCGGGAGCUUCGACUCCGACCGCUACUUCACGACGGCGGUGCGGUGUGACCGUUUCGGGUACCCUUUGCACGAGCGGGAGUGCCUGGGCAGCUACGGCGCCGGCGCCGGCCUCAGUGGCGGGCGAGGACCUCGAUAUUCUCCCAUGAUCAAGGGUUUGCCGGACUUUUACGAGUCUCGGCCGAAGCGCCAGAGUCGCGAUGAUGAGUCCUUGGGGCGAAGAACCCACGGGAAUAACCGUGAGGCGCAAGCGUGUAGGUCGGCGUCGCUGUACCAAAGGACCACGGAGUGGCGGGCAAAGGCGAGCGAGGUCAGAGCGCGCAAGCUUGCUCAGCGCGAAGAGCAGGAGCUGAGGGACUGCACUUUCCAGCCGAACGUGCCGCUGCGAGGAGCGCUUGUCUCCGGCAGCGUCACGAGGGCCGCCGAGCCUAUCGGUCACGGUCACGAUUGUGUCGGAAGAAGCUCGAGUUGCAAGCCCGUAGAAAACGAUGACGAAGGGAACGGUAGUGGGGGGAAUGCCUGCGGUGGUGAUGUUCAUGUCGAUGCUGGUGGUACGUGUGGUGUUAAUGGAGGUGGCGGCGGCGGCGGCUGUGGCGGUAAUCACGGUGGUGAAGCAGGCGAAGGCACUGCCGCCGGUCCUAGGAGCGUAGAGAAAGAAACGCGCUCGUGUAUGAGCAGCAGGGCGGUUUCUUCUCCUUCGCAGGGUAGAGGGUGCCCGGGGAACAAUGUGGUGCAACGGCUGUUCGACGAGACCCGGCGGCUGGACGAACGAAGGUUUGAAGGCCAGGAGAGGAAAAAUAUGGCGGCGGAGGAGGAAUACGCCCGCACGUGUACAUUUCAGCCGUCUCUGGUGCAAGGGAAGUCCACGAGCGCAACCAUCCGAGUGGCAUCUCGAUAUCGAGACCCACCACGGGCAGCGUCUGCCCCCCCCGCGGGCAGGAGGCGAGAUUUUGACCAGGAGGACCUAAUUUUUCAUCCCAAGAUCUUGGGAGUACAGCCCGGAAUGACCCGGGCCCUCGAAUACGACUAUACUGACGCCGACGAAGACAGUGAACUGGAUGAAGGACGCCGAGAAGCUUCGAGGAGCCCCGCGCGGCCUGAGCGCCACCAGCGCGACAGGAAUGGUCGUCGCUGCUUAGAAGACCAUGAGACCAACAACCACCGCCACCGCCACAGCGACGACGACGACGGUGAUAGCAGCGGCAGCGACGACAACCUCACGGACGCUGGCCGUUUUCGCGACGGCGGCGGUGGCGAGGGGUCACGGAACCAAUCGCGGCGGGGCCGUAGCCGUGACGAUGACAGGUGA